GGAGUGUGGCGCCGGGUUCCACCGGUAAACCGGCGUGGAAAAUGGCUUUCUUACGAAAAACCAGCCCACCUGCUCACGGUGUUUUUAGUGACAUCUCCUUAGAAGAUUCAAGGACGGAAGACCUCAGAAACUUGAAAGUCAGUAGAAGUUUUACCCAAGCAGCCUCCGGUCAAAGCAGAUUUCUAAAAAGAAACCAAACUAUCGGUGAGAAGCACUUAAACCUGCAAGACAAUGCUGUCCUGGGCAGUGGGGCCUGGCUGACCCUGGGCAGACCCCUCGCCACCGCCUCCAAGAUCCGAGCCAGCGCCGCGCUCAUGAAGCUGGCCCAGCUGGAAACCAAGAUCCGGAGUCGACAGAGCGCGCCCACGAGCUGGUCUGACACGGAGUCUGACUCGCGGCUCCUGGAGGAUGGUCUUGCCGGGAGCGUGGACAGAUUCGCCCCGGGAGCCACCUCGGGCCCUGCCUCGCCGCACACCCACAGAACUUUCCAGAAACAAGCCCGUGAAGCCCCCCUUCCCAAGAGCAGUGUGCAGAGUGGGCAGGCCAGUAGGUUCCUGAAGAAGAAACAGCCACCUGUGGGUAGCGCAGCCCCCGAGGCCCACGCUGGGAAGGAGAGGAAUCUUCAAACACCCAGACAGAAAGAACCUGCUAGAAAAUUUGAUGCCCCAGACAGCGAUGAAGAGGAAAUGAAAGAAUUGCUAGGAAGCUUGAUGGAAUCUUCUAGAGAAAAAGAAACAAGUCUAAAUCAGAGGUUCACCAGCACUACCGUCAGUGAGAAGGAGCGCGUGAAACCACCGGCGGGUCAGAUCCCUGCCCCGCCCCGAGCCCCUCUGUCCAGGGCGGAGCUCUCCAGCUCAGGGCCUUCCCAGACCCUGGGCCUGUCCAGCACGCGGUCAGCGCGCCGGGCCCUCCGCAGUACUCGGUCGGGAACCUGCUGCCCGCAGACUCCGGCGGCUCGCGACACAGCCUCCCGCGACACAGCCUCCCGCGACACAGCCUCCCGCGACACAGCCUCCCGCGACUCCUCGAUUUCCAUCCCCGACGCCGCCGCCGCGGUUUCAAGAUCAAAGUCUUCAACGAUGGGUCACAUCCAGCUCGCGUCUUCCUCCGGGAGGAGCGGGAGGAGCGAGCCUGGGCCCGGGGAAGCCUCCGAUGACAGCCUGAACGAUUUUAGAAUCAAUAUUUUAUCCCUUGAUGACCUGUCUCCGGCCGUCAGUGAGAGAUCAGACUUGGAACAGAAAGAAGGAGCCACUCAGAGGGCGAGAACGCCAGGCAGGAGCCGCCCCGACAAGACACCUGCUGGACUGGACGCACCGAGCCAUGCCCUGCCCAGGAGCUCAGCAUUUCAGGGAAAGGCCACCUCUGUGGUUGGGGACGAGGGCCUCCCCACUGAAAGUGAGGUCUCAGAGCGUCUGAGUGCCAGCCUGGCCUCUGCCGCCCAGCAGGACAGUGUGUCCAGCGCGAAGCCAUCAUCUGAGACGCCCACAGAGGACAGUGUGGGCUCGGCUUAUUCGGAAGAUUUUGAAAGCCCGCCGAGUCCCCCGGCCUCCGAGCCAACGGCUCCUUCCGAGGCAGCUCUGGACGGAACACUGGCCACCGUGUCGGAAUGCUCGAGGAGUCUGAGGACAGACCCCCACAAACCACCCAGGGCUAGGAAGAAGGGCGGCCGGGGCGUGGAGAGGGUCACCGUGAGGGAAACGGCCGUGCAGACCCUGGAUCCGGCCUUCACCUACCAGUGGACCAAGGCAGCUGGGAUGGCGGCCAUUGGGCCUGCCCUCGGGAGUUCCUACGUGGACCCAGUGCCCAUUGCCAGCCAUGUCGUCAGUGCCGAUGCCAUAGAAGUCCUGACAGCCUACAGCCCUGCCGUGCUGGCGCUCAACGACAUGCUGAAGCAGCAGCUGAACCUGACGCAGCAGUUCAUCGCCGCCAGCCGCCACCUGCACCUCUCCCUCCUGCGGUCCAUGGAAGGGGACUCGUUCCACUACCACUCCCUGGAGGAAGCCAAAGAGUAUAUUAGGUGCCACAGGCCCACACCACUCACCAUGGAGGACGCCCUGCGGGAGGUGCAGGAGGAGCUGUAAGUACCAGAGACCUGCUCAGCACGCUGCUGAGGAAAUUGCCCGUCAGCAUGAGGACAUGAUGCAGGACAGUGGGGACGCAGCACAGGCCAGGUGCUGGCUUCCUGGUGGGCACAAGGCAGACGGAGCCGAUGACGGGACUCCUGUUCACUGACAAGGACACGAGAACAACUCCUCACAAGACGCCAAGGCCCCAGCUCCACCGGGCCUCAUCCAGAACACGCCCCUCACUCCACCCGCGCUUCUCACUUUCACACGGAG